AUAUUCUCACGCAAAACUCCAUAAAAAAUGGCUCACUUCUCUGCCUCUUUUGAUUGCUGCCCAUCAGUGAAGAACAUUCUCCUUCUGGAUUCCGAAGGGAAGCGCGUCGCCGUGAAGUAUUUCUCCGAUGAUUGGCCAACCAAUGGUGCCAAGUUAGGUUUCGAAAAAAACGUGUUCAUCAAGACUCUCAAGACAAACGCUCGCAUGGAAGCUGAAAUUGCAUUGCUGGAGAACAACAUAGUUGCCUACAAAUUUGUCCAGGACCUGCACCUGUUUGUGACAGGAGGUGAAAACGAAAAUGAACUUGUGUUAACGGGCGUGCUUCAAGGUUUCUUUGAUGCAAUCACGCUUCUUCUGAGGAACAAUGUUGAGAAAAGGGAGGCACUUGAGAACCUGGAUCUCAUAUUUUUGUGCAUUGAUGAAAUUGUUGAUCAAGGAAUUAUACUUGAAAUGGACGGCAGUGUGAUAGCUGAGAAGGUAGCCAUACACAGCAUGGAGAGUGGUGGAGCACCCUUGACUGAGCAGGUGAUGCAGAUUGAUGAAUGGCAUAAGCAACAGCAUGCUUUUGGUCAACUGAUGUGUUUGUUGUGAAAUUGCAGACUCUUUCUCAAGCAUUGGCUACAGCAAGAGAGCAGAUAACAAAAACGCUUCUAAAAUGAUGGCUCACCUUGUCUAUGACACAAUUACAAUAAUUUGUCAAAGGAGAUUUCAGUCUUCCUCUGAAUGGAUCAAUAAACAAAAUUACUCAUUCUACA